CCUGAUGUUCGAUUCUUCCCAGCAAUAUGAGUUAUUAAGUUUUCCUCUUAGACGAACCACCCUGUCUCCUUAGGCGAGCCUAACCGAGUUAGCUGUAUACACGAGUAUAACAGCAGUCAUUUGACAAAGUGCGGGGACAGUUGUGCUAUUUCAUUUCCCCUCGACAAGUGUCACUCACAAGUUUACAAACUGAGUUGUGCAUGCAUUAGCCACUGUAAAUUAAGGAAUAGAGUGGAGAUAUUUUAACUGAGAUUAUAUUGUCUUGAUAGAUAUGGGACAAUGAUGUUUUAACAUUUUACAAUGUCAAUGAAUAAUGGAAAUUUUCAAAACCAAUAGCGAGUGCGUCAGGUGUUAUGAGGCAAAAGGUGAAUUAUGACGAGUGCAUGAGCCCUGGCUAUAUUCGGGAAAACAUUCGCUAUUGCACAGUCGUUGGUGAGCAUUGUCUCCGAUAGCACGCGGAACGAUAGUAGACAAUAAUUUUGGGAUCGGUGGUGGCAUUGAGUGAGACGUCUUAGGAAUAAUCGAGUGCACUCUGCUGACAUGACGGCUGUGGAAAAGACGCUUUGGCCGCAGUGGCUGGCUGGAUUCACAGUUUCUCUGGCUGUUCUGACCGCUAGUCUUGCCAACGGCUGGGCUUCACCAUUUCUCGCCAAACUCAUAUCGGAUGAUGUUGAGACGACUUUCAAAAUUACUCCUGAGCAAGGGUCUUGGGUUGCCUCGUUGUUGAGUCUUGGGAGGGUUUUAGGGGCCAUCGCGGGGGCCGUAUGUCAAGGCACAAUAGGAAGGAAGAAGACAAUGCUAGUGGGUACCUUACCCCUAACAUUCGGCUGGAUGUGCAUGAUCUUCGCGAAAUCAGUGGAGUGGCUGUACGUUGGGAGAUUGUGCAACGGUCUGGGUUCCGGGAUGAUCUGGGGGGCCUUGUCCUUGUACAUGGGCGAGAUCGCAGAUCCGUCCAUCCGGGGUUCGUUGAUAUUCUUGAACCUUAAUGCAUCAUCGAUGGGCUCACUCCUGGGCAACGCCAUGGGUCCCUUCCUCGACCUGAAGCAGUACGGCUACGUGGCAGUGAGUCUUGCCGCCGCAUUCAUAAUAUUGUUCUCGUGGAUCCCCGAAUCCCCGUAUCACUACAUACUCCAAGGAGAUUUCAAACGCGCCGAGGCGUCAUUGCUCUGGUACAAGCGGCAUGCCGAUGCGCCCAAGGAGAUCAACGAGUUGAAGGAAUUUGUGGGGAGCGCAAACAGUGAUAGUGAAAGUUUUAAGAAUAAACUCAAGGUGUUCUGCAAGCUGAACAAUGCCAAAAACAUGGCGAUAGUGUCAAUGCUCAAUCUGUUCUUGUACUGUGGUGGACACAAUGUGAUCAGUUCUUACGCCGAAAUUAUCAUGCGAAAAAGUGAUAUACAAAUUACUCCGAGCAUCGUCGUCAUAGCUCUCGGGGUGAUCAUGGUGAUUGCGGGGGCUGUUGCCAUGAUAUUUGUGGACAGGUGUGGAAGACGGCCAUUGCUCAUCUACUCGAGCUUCGGUGUCUGCUUCUCGAUGGUGAUGCUCGGUAUUCAUUUUAAUUUACUGGCUUAUGGGGUCGAUCCAGAUGCCAUCGACUGGCUACCGAUCUUGGCGCUUUGCUUGUACAAUUUUGCCCUGCCCUGCGGCAUGCUCUCCAUGCCCAAUACUUUACUCGGUGAACUAUUCCCUCCGACUUUGAAGACUAUUGCGUCAUUGACAUUCACCUGUUCCGCAGCGUUCAUCUCCUUCUGUGCGAUCAGAGCUUUCCAACCGGUCCUCGAUCUCGUCGGGGAGAGGAUUAUAUUCUUCAUGAUUGCCUCGGCUGCUCUGUGCGUGGCACCCUUCACUUAUUUCUUGGUUCCCGAGACCAAGGGGAAGACCCUCAUUGAGAUACAGAAAAAUAUGGACAGCAAGAAGAAAGAUGUGAUCACUCGUCUGUAGGAGAUUUCUCGCGUUAGUUUGUUUUAGUCACUAUUCUAUCUUGUUUCAGACACACAUUAUGAAAAUUACCACCGUAUUCAUGACUCAUUUAUUAGGGACUCAUUUAUUAGGUACGUGACGACGGGAGGGAGCAGACAUUAGCGGAACGGGUGACGCCAACGAAUGCUGCAUCUUCCCUUCCAUAAAUCAUUUGAAUUCAUUGAGAAGAAAAAUAUUGAGGAAAGUAUCUUUUUCAAUUAACCUUUCGAAUCUGUGUGGACGGAAUAAAUCUUGAAAAUUAUUUUCUGUUUCUCGAGCGCAAUAUCCAUUUGCAAUUAUUUCUUCUGUUUGUAUUACUCCUCUCGGAGAAUGAGGAGAGUAAAGUAAUUCAGCGAAACGUCGAGUCCUUUGUGCAUUCAAUCGAUGUCGUUAUUUUUACAACAUCCCUUUUACUUUAUCAUUCAGUUUGUCAUGGAGAACAUCACAUUCAUCGAUAAUAAAUUACCUACUUUCAAUUGUUUUGUAUUACAUAUCCUCGGAGAAUAAAAAUCUUCUCAAAAAUUUCUGCGGACGUCAUCCAGUGGAACUGGUUUUUUAUGGCGUAUAAUAAAAAGAUUGAGUGAAUGAAA